UUGUAAAAUAAUUUCUGAAGUAUCAUCUGUUAAUUUAUAAUUCUGUUGACAAAGUGUUUACAUGGUCAUUUUUCGACGUCGUUAAUCAUAUUAGUGAAUUACAGCUAGAAAAUUAAACGUACUGCGUUUCAGUUAUUUUACGUGACUACCUAACCUAAAUCUGUCAAAUCAUUUUUCCUAUCAUCGAUUGCUCAUUUCGUGCUGAUGGAUAGUGAAAAGCAAAAAGAUGAGAUCAUUGCAUUGGAAAGUAUUUAUAACGCUGAAGAGUUUUUGUAUCGCGAGGAAAAUGGUGUUUAUCAAUGCAGUUUCAAGAUAUUCUUAAAUCUUCCUAUGAAUUACUUUAUAACUUACAAAGAUUCUAGACAAUUGGAAGAACCUUGGCAAAAGAUCGCCAUAUCUCAUUUGCCACCUUUGACACUAAACAUUAUUUUACCAAAGGAUUAUCCUUCCACGUCACCACCAAAAUUUACUUUAUAUUCGUCUUGGUUACGUAUCCCAUUGUUAGCUGACUUAUGUAUAAAGUUGGAUGAACUAUGGGAAGAAAACAAAGGACAAGAAAUUUUAUUUACAUGGGUAAGCUUUAUACAAGACCAGGCCUUAGAAUUUUUGGAUAUACACAAGAGUGCUAAUAUGAAUUGUGUGUAUACACGUUAUAAAGAAGCUUUAGAGAAAGCCCAGAAUAAUCAGAAAAGUAAGGUAAUAGACGAUAUAGAUAAAGAACAUACUGUCAAUGAUGUAAAAACCAAAACGAAAACACAGCAUAAUGUUAAACAUUUGGGGAAAAAGAAUCAUCUACACAAAUGCUAUGACAAACGAGCUGUUUUAGAUUGUCCUGUUGGGAGAAAUCCCAUUCAAGCAUUAAUCGAUUACGACGAGAAAUGCAAUCAAAUUGAAUUCAAAAAGAACUUUUAUACUUGUAAGGUAUGUUUUGUGGAUAAAAUAGGAGAACAUUGUACACAGUUCUUACCAUGCUCUCAUGUAUUUUGUAACGACUGUAUAAGUGGUUACCUCGAGGUAAGAAUCAAAGAUGGAAAUGUACAAAAUAUAUGUUGUCCCCAAGAAAAGUGUGCUUCCGAAGCAACCCCUGCACAGAUAAAGGAUCUAGUAAGUUCAGAGUUAUUUGAAAAGUAUGAUUCUAUACUCCUAAAUGCAACGCUAGAUACUAUGCCGGACAUAGUAUAUUGUCCGAGACGUAAUUGUCAAUAUCCAGUUAGUCGUGAACCAGAUGAACAAUUGGCGAAUUGUCCAGUGUGUCAAUACGCAUUUUGUAUUCAUUGCAAGAUGGGAUACCAUGGUAUAGAACCAUGUAAGAUCUACUCAGCUGAAACACGCCAGUUAGUAGUCGAAUAUCAAGAAGCCUCCAAUGAGAGGAAGCUACAAAUGGAACAACGUUAUGGCAAAAAGCAACUUCAAAGCUUAGUAGACAAUACCAUGUCUGAGAAUUGGAUUAAAAGUAACAGCCAGAAGUGUCCUAAAUGCAACGCUUCUAUCGAGAAAUCUUAUGGCUGCAACAAAAUGAUAUGUUCGCAUUGUAAAACAUUCUUCUGCUGGUUAUGCAACAAAAUUUUAAACCCUCAUUCACCGUACGAUCAUUUCCGAGAUAUAAGUUCGAAGUGCUAUAAUAUGUUGAAUCAGGGAAUGUUGGAAGACGAUGAAGAGCCCGAUGAUUUCUUCGAAUUUCGAUUUGAUAAUAUGAAUUACGAGUUGGAGAAUGAUGACCUCCCCCAAGAGUUUGUAAUAUAAAUUUCAAAUAAACAAAACAAUAAUUAACGCAUUAAAAGAA